AUGUCACGUUCACAAAGUGGAUAUCUACCUCCACAUAACGGUAAUCCUAUUAAUAUGAUGAAAUUUUCACCAAAAGGAAAAUAUCUUGUUACUUACAGUGAAGAUGAUGAAACAUUUGUCGUUUGGAAUGUUGAAAAUAUUGAAAAGAUAAUAGAAAGCAAAAAAAUUAUCGAUUUGAAUAAUCCAUCUCCAGAAAUUCAAGAAAUCAAAUUAUAUCUUGAUUUUAAAGCAAUGAGAGUAAAAAAUUUUUGUGUUUAUUCAAUUUAUUCAAUUUCAAAAUUAAAUAGAAGCUUGUGUCGAAAGAUUUACAAGAUGCCUAAAGAAGCGGAGAUUAACCCAGAGGAUAUUAGAAUCUCUUAUGAUCAAGAUUAUACUUGCCUGAAAAUGAAUGAAAUGAAUGAUGAGAAAAUUUUUAUUCAUUCAGAUAAACUAAGUUCUAUGGUAUCAUUCGAUUUGAAUGACGGACAAAAUCUGAAAAUCUAUAUGAAAAAUCAUCGAUAUUCUUUAUUUGAUCAUUCUUGGAUUUGGAACUCUGAUACUAAACGUUUUGAUAUUGAUUCAGAAAAUUAUAGAUUUGUAAACGUAGACGAUAACUUGUAUUCAUCGCAAUUAAAAACAAAUGAUGAUGAUUACGAGCGUAUAAAUCUUUCUGAAUUAUCUAGAGAGCAAAGAAAAAUUUUAAAAGAUUGUCAAUUAGACAAAGCAUUUACAAAAGAUUUAAUUGAACGACUAACUAAAAUUAAAGAGGAGACAGACCACAAAAUAUGGAAAAAUAAAAUUGAAAAAUUAAUGAAAAAAUUGGCUAUACGUAUAGAUAAGAUUGAAAAUUUAGCGGAAGAUUCUAGUAAUUUUCAAAUUAUGAUUGCAAAAGGUAAAUUGUAUAUUAAAGAAGAUUUGCUUCAAUUACUUGGAUCAGAUAAAUCUUCUAGUGACAAAGAUAAAUAUUUAAGAGACGCAAAUAAAUAUUUAAGAGACGGAAUAAAUUUUUCAAAAGACAUAGAUAACAAAGAUGAAGGUGAUGAAGGUAUCGAGAUAAUUGCUCGCAAAUCAUUAAAUAAUAAUAAUAUAGUAAUGUUAACAGAAAUUGGAAUUUUUAUUUUCCAUUUAAUUGAUGAUAAGAUUUUUCUGAGAUAUUAUCAUAACAUGUACAAAUCAAUUAAAUUAAUUGAAAAGAUCCAUGAAAUUCAUAAAAGUUACUCAAUAGUUGAUAGACAGGUACUAGAUGUUAAAGAGAAUGAUGAAGAAAUUUCCAAAUAUGUUUUUGCAUUAUUAACAUUUGCAAUUGAGGAACACGAUACAGAGUUAAUAUCUGAUAUUUAUAAUUAUGUUAAUGGGGAUAAAGAAUAUUUUUUAAGAUAUGGUCCUGAAUUAUUAAUUUCGGCGAUUAAAUUACAAGAUUCUAACUUAAUAGAUACGAUCUAUAAUGAGUGUUUAGAUCUCUUUAAAAAAGAUCUAGAAAACAAUAAUGCAUUCUUAAGCAUUAUUAAUAAAUCAAUGCCAUUAUUGCAUAAAUAUUAUCCAGAAUAUAUCACAAGAUAUUCAUCAGAUACAAACAUGAUAAUAGAUUCUCCUAAAUAUAAAAUCGAACAACUUAGUACAUCUCAUCUUUAUUCUUUUUCUAAUAUUGGUAUAGUUAAUUUAACGCCAUCUAUUGCUUGGACAAAAUAUACUAGUCUGUUUAAUAUUAUCAUUUUAACUAGAUAUUUUCACGCUAAUGUUGAUGAGACACGUAAAGUAAUUCAAAAACAAACAAAAGUAGAAUAUAGUAUUAAUAAGUUUUCAGAUUUGAAGGAAAAUUUACAAAAAAUUUAA